UGCACCAGACUUAGCUAACUUGAGGGAGGAAGAGACAAGUGAUCCGUGGGUUGAAACCGAUCCGUCUCUCGCGCCCUAGUUUCGCUGCAUUAUCGUCAUCUUCGGAUCUUAGACCGCAUGGCCCAUCAUAACCGGCGCGGCGGGAGCGGGCGUGAGUCGUCGUCUAGCCGCGGCGCACCGGUGAACGAGGUGGCGGAGCAGGUCCUGCUCACCAACUACAAGGCCCUGGAGCUGUACAUGAACGAGUGUCACACCAUACGACGGGAGUCGGGCGUGUACGAACCUCCAGACGUGCUGGACUCGCCACAGUCGCAGGAGCAGCACCGUCAGUCGGAUCGUCGGCAUGCGUCGCCGGGGGACAGCGCUAGGGGGACGGAUCACGAGAGCAGUGAAGAAGAAGAGAACGAGAUAUUCCUCAAUGCCGUUGGAUUUGGUAACGUGAUCGACGACGUACAACGACAAGUGGACAGUGGAGUAAACAGUGACGACAGUGGAGAGCUAGACACCCACGUGGAAGGUCUUCCGCCAUCGCACGCCCUCCUCAUCAAGAAACGAGUCCACACCUAUCGCUCCACUCUCCGACACAAACAACACCAGAAGGGGGAGGGGUCGUCGACGAGAGGCGACGUGAGAGACUUGUUUCCCGGGAAGAACGGUCGGGAAUCGACCAAUCACGUCGCAGUCGGCAGCGGCCACGGCACGAGCAAUCACAGUCACAGCUACAAGUUGAUAAACGUUCCUCCUCCCAUUCCGAAACGUCGCUCUACACCUCCUCCCUGCCUCCCAUCCCAAACACAAGAGUCCCUCCCCACCUCCUCCGUCUUCAGAUCCUGCCCACUCACAUUCCUCCAUUGCCAUGCCGACCCUCUCGUUUUUGUGUGCCGCGCCUCUACCCUGAACACACCUACCUCUCACUGACAGGUCAUGUACCACACUCAUUUUUUCAGCUGUCUCACAACCCUGGUUAUUGCACCGUCAA